AUGCGCGUGUCUCUCUACUUGGUCGGAGCCUUCUCCGCCCUGGCCAUUGCCGCUCCAGUGCCAGGACAUCAUCGUGGAGGCCAAAAGAAGCCGCACGGGUCGUCGCCGCAUGGGUCGUCACCGCACAAGACGGUCCCGCACCACGCUCAUCAGGGUGGCCCGCCAGUCCAAUCGCCACCAUCGUCCCCGUACACCUCUCCCACUCCCACUCCCACUCCCGCCCCUCUGCCGUCGACGAACCCCUACAGCGGCGGAGCGCCUUCCGGCGGAGAGCCUUCCGGUGGAGCGCCUUCUGGUGGGGAGCCUUCUGGCGGGGAGCCUUCCGGCGGAGAUCCCUACGGUGGCGAGCCCUCUCCCUCGCCGGCUCCUCCGGUACAGCCCGUGGCCCAAACCUCCUCCAGCACGGGUGAAUACUCUGGCGCGGCUGGCGCUGCUGCAGCGAACCAGAACGUCACCAGCGUCGCCGUUGCGGCAUGUGUCCUGACCCCUCACGAAGGUGAAUACGGAUGCUCCAACGGCGAGAGCGCUGCUUCCUCUGGCUAUGCGCCCUCGACCCAAGGAUCGUCGUCGACUCCUUCGUCCAUAACCAUCACCUCCGGCUCCUACAAUGGCGACACGUACGACAACGGUAACGGCUCUGGCGAUAAUAAUGGCAGCCAAGAUCCUACCACCACUACCACCACCACCACUACCAACAACAACACCUCGGACAAUGGCAACAACAACGGCAGCCAAAACGACCCAAGCAACAAUGGCAAUACCGAGGACAACGGUAGCCAGAACGAUCCGUACAACGACGGCAACACCGAGAAUAACGGCAACUCGCCCGCCACCACCACCACCACGACCACCAACACCAGCACCUCGGAGAACAAUGGCAGCGAGAAUGACCCCAGUAACAACGGCAACUCUCCUUCUCCCACUACCACCACCAUCGAAGACAACGGCAACCCCAGCAACAACGGCAAUCCGUCGAACAACGGCAACUCCCCUACCACCACGGAGAACAACAACAAUGGUUCCGGCGACUCUCCGGCGAACACCACCACCGAGAACAACAACAACAAUUCCGGUGACUCGCCGGCGACGACGGAGAACAACAACAAUAACUCUGGGGACCCCUCCACCUCUGACUCUGGGAACUCCACCGACAAUGGUAGCCAAGAUGGUGACGGUGCACUAGCAUAG